GGAGAUUGUCACCCCGAAGAAGAGGCGAUUUGUUGCCGGGCAACUAAUCUCCCCGAAUCUGCCAGUGUGUCCUUACCCUUAAACUCUCCUCUGACCACUUUUGUAAACGACAGUUUUCUGCUCUAAAAGUAAAAAAUUCCAGAAAUUACUAAACAUAAAAAAAAUUAAAAAAUUUCCUGUCUGGGCUCAUAAUCCCCUCUAAAGCAUAUGGACAUUUUAACAAGAUAGACAAAGGACACACUAAACUCCAGAAGUCUUGCGGUCUUAAAGGACAAGUCAACCCAGACAUAAAAAAUGUGCUGAAUAAAAGAAAACAUAAUUCUAAGCUACUGUCGAUAUACAUUAAAAAAAAAAAGUCAGUGCUUUUAAAGUUAUUUGUAAAAACAAUUGCUAUAGAAAGCUUAACUCCUGGGUGUUACCCUUUAAACAAUGUUGCAGAGAGGGCAGAGGAUAGAAAAGGGACAGACACACUUGCUUUCAACAGCAAUACAUAUACAAAGAACUUUAAAACUGAAGAAAAGUUAUGAAUGUAUAUAUUUUAAAGUUGCUUAGAAUUAGGUUUCCUUCCAUAUGACAAAAUAUUUUGGGGGCUGACUUGCCCUUUAAACCAAAUAGUCUCUACCCCAGAGCUGCAAUGUACAGGAUCAUCACACGCACAUACUGAUAUUAACUUUAAACUGCAGCUGUCUAAAGCAUCACAUAUACUGGCAAAUGACAGGAAAGGAAUCAACCACGUGCGUCUGAAAGGAUCUAUUGCCUUUAGUCACUCCCCCCGCAGAACUGCUUAAUGUAUCGGCCCAGCUCUGUUAUCUCUGCGCUACAGAAAAACCUGGGUACGGCCCAUUUAGAGCGGAGGGGUGCGCACCGGAUCCAGCCUUCAGUCAGGUAAUCAGAGUUCGUAGCUACCACCACUUCCUGUGACGCUGCAGAGAAGACGGCGUCAUCUAAGCAAAUGGCCUCCGCUGGCAAACGACGUCACAGCCUUCAUAUGACCUUUCGGCGUAGCACCCAAAUCCGCACGGCUUUAAUGCCCCACAUUCCGCAGCGCGAACACCUCUGAAGGGCACAGCAGAGUCUUAUUCAGUAGAAAGCACCACAGCUAGCCACGUAUACCAACACAAUUCUAGCCCCCUAUUCUGGUGUCUCCGCCGUCCCUCUUGCCUGCUACCGCUCCAAGCAUAAAAUGGGAAAUAGCUAUAAAAUGGCGCCGAGGGUCUUUUGCUAGCGCAGGCGUACUUAUGUGAGGCGCCAUACAAGCCCCUCCUUUCCUGCGCAGCCUUUUCAGCUUGUUCUAAACUCGGCUUAGUUCCGUUUCCAGGAAACAAGACAGCCAAUGAUAGAACGUGCGCAUGAUCCUCCUUUGCUUCUUCCAACCAACCAAAAGCCGACGAUUUCCAUCCGGAUAUGUGAUGCCUAAUCAUGUUCAAACAGAGGCCGUCUUCACCCCAUCGUGCCCAAUAGCGACUGUCAGCAAAAAAUAACCAAUCACAUUGUACCCUGUGCUUACCUGUAUUUGUAAGAGCCUAUCAUCGCUUCGUGAAUACAUAGCCAAUGAGUGAACACGAAACAGUCACCAAUGAAAUGUUUGGAACGCUCCCCAUGGCAUGAGGGUAAGCCAAUGGGCUUCCGAGAAGGACUGGUUCUGCUCAACAGCUUGUUAUUUCGUUUAUUGCUUGCAGUUCCGUGCAAGCGGGGAGUUGUAGGAGCUGAGUGUGUGAGUGAAACUUUUUCCUCAUCGCAUUUUCAUCUGUUCGCCUGCUUCUGGCUCUCAAGAGGGUAUAUCUGCGAGGAGCGGGUAUUUUUGUUUUGGAGGAGGCGUCCGGCAUGUCCGAGCUCUGACUUCUUAGUCCAGACUUUGAAGUUGUAGUGAAGACAAAUCUUCGAGCUGGAAUCCCUCAAAUAACCUUUGACAAUGAAGGCAGUGGAUGAGCCUGCCUACCUAACAGUGGGGACCGAUGUUAGUGCCAAGUACCGGGGUGCCUUCUGUGAGGCAAAGAUCAAGACCGUAAAAAGGCUGGUAAAAGUCAAGGUUACUCUGAAGCAAGAUAGUUCUACGCAGCUUGUCCAGGAUGACCAAGUGAAAGGACCUUUAAGGGUUGGUGCAACAGUUGAAAUGAAAACAACUGACGGAUCCCCGCAGGAAGCAAUUAUUAGUAAAUUGACAGAUGCAAGCUGGUAUACAGUAGUUUUCGAUGAUGGUGAUGAAAGAACAUUACGGAGAACAUCAUUAUGUCUAAAGGGGGAGAGGCACUUUGCAGAAAGUGAGACUUUGGACCAACUUCCACUAACAAAUCCUGAACAUUUUGGAACUCCAGUAAUUGGUAAAAAAACCAACAGGGGAAGGAGAUCGUCUCUUCCAAUGACUGAAGAUGAAAAAGAAGAAGAAAGCAGUGAAGAUGAAGAUGAAGAUUUGAAGCGCCUUAAUGAUGAAUUAUUGGGCAAAAUAGUCAGUGUCAAAUGCAGUUCAUCUAAGGAUUGGUUUACAGCACUGGUUGUAUCUCCAAGCUGUAGUGAUGAUACUGCUGUUAAAAAGGACCAGUGUCUGGUUCGCUCGUUUGUUGACUCAAAGUUCCAUCCAGUUGCAAGGAAAGAUCUCACUGAACUUGAUGUCAAUGUCCUAAAGUCAGAGCAUUAUGGAAAGCAAGGUGUGCAGGAUGCCAUUGCUUUUCUAACGUCCAAGACGAUCCCUGAGAAAUGGAAAAUGGACAUGAGUGAUAUACUUGAACCUUCCAGUAGUGAUGAGGAAGAUGGAGAGGAAGAUGCUAGUGACGGUGAUCAGAACAAAGAAGAAGAGGAAGAAACCAAGUCCGAAGAGGAGGCAGAUCCAGCAGAGAGAGACCACUUCCUUCAGCAGCUGUACAAGUUUAUGGAAGACAGAGGAACUCCAAUCAAUAAGCCACCAGUAUUAGGCUACAAGGAUCUGAAUCUCUUCAAACUUUUUAGACUUGUAUACCAGCAAGGAGGCUGUGACAAUAUUGAAAGCGGUGCUGUGUGGAAGCAAAUUUAUAUGGACCUUGGUAUUCCCAUAUUAAAUUCAGCUGCAUCAUAUAAUGUAAAAACUGCAUACAAAAAGUAUCUGUAUGGGUUUGAGGAGUACUGCCGCUCUGCGUAUAUUCAGUUUAGAACUAUUCACCAUAAUGAUCCUAAACCAGUAGAAGAGAUUCAAGAAGUGGAAGAAGAGAAACCAAUGGAGAGCACUGAGAGAAAAGAGACCGCAUCGCCUUUAUUAGAUGCAAAAAUGAAAGAGGAAGAUGAGUCGGACUCUAGCAGUGAAUAUGAAAAAGAAGAGACUGAACUUAAAUCACCAAUGGGGAGGCGGAGAUGUGCUUUUGAUGCAUUUUCUGUUGUGAAGGAUGUUGAGGACAGUGACAGAAGAAAAGAUCACAACAAGGAGAACAAGGAUAUCGAGGAAGAUCUGAACAAAACAGAGGAAAAUAAUGAAAAUGAAAGCACUCCCGUGCGAAGAAGCUUGCAGUGCCUAACAAAAGAAGACCAGAAAACCAAGAAGCAAGAUGAGUCGGAAAGAGAAUCUGAUGAAGACGAUGAAAACCCAUUUGAAGGAAAAGAGGAUUCUGAGCACAAGGGAGAGACUGAAGAAGAGGACGAGGAUAAAGACGAUUUAGCUGGCACUAAAGUUAAAGUAAAGUAUGGGCGUGGGAAAACUCAGAAAAUUUACGAGGCAAACAUAAAAAGCACUGAAGUAGAUGGAGGAGAGUUCUUAUACCUGGUUCAUUAUUAUGGCUGGAAUGUGAGAUAUGAUGAAUGGGUAAAAGCUGACAGAAUCAUCUGGCCUUCAGACAAAGGCGGACCAAAGAAAAAGCAAAAGAAAAAAACAAAAAAUAAAGAUGAAAUUGAUGAAAAGAAAGAGGAUGAUAAGCGAUCAAAACGAGGCCGUCCUCCUUUAAAGUCAACUCUUCAGACUAAUAUGACUUGCGUUCUUCCAAAAUCUCCUACUAGUGAGUGCAAGUCAUCCAUUAAAAGCAUGAGAAACAGCUUAUCAGAUAGCUCAUCAUUAUCAAAUGGGCUUGAAGGAUCAGCCAGAAGAAGAACAAGGAGGAGCUCGGGAUUAUAUGAUUCUGACAGAUGCUCAAAUGACUCAAGCACAUCUGAAAGUGAAUCUGAUGAAACAUCAGAAAAGGCAUCAGUUAAAGAGGAGGAGGAGGCUCUACCAAAGGCUGAAGAAGAACCAGAGAACAUUGACAGCCUAGUUGAAAUCAGUCCUGUAAAAGAAUCUGCGCCUUUAAUUUGUUUUUCAAAAGAUUCAGAACACAGUCCAACAAAGCCAGCAGAAACAUUAAAACAAGAAGUGGAGGAAAGUGAACAAAUAAUUCAGAUUUAUGGAAAGCAAACAGAACAAAUAGAAGAAAUAGAAGAAAUAAAGAAGGAGGCAGAGCAUCUGCCAAAGUCCAAGGGAAGGAGAAGUAAAACAAAAGAUCCUUCGGUAGAGAACACAAAAUGUUUGUCAGUAACUCAAGAAGAUACAUUGGUUGAGCCUCGUGUGGAAGAAGAAACAUUAGACCUUCUAUCAUUAUCCCCUUUACAAAGUAAGGAGCUACCCUUCACUCCAAAGGAAGUAGAACUUCCAAGUGACCAACUUGCACAGGAGAAAAAAGGACUAAAAAGGAAACCACUAGAGCAGUCUUCUCCUGACAAGAAAUUGUGUGCAGAGUGCGACCCAGAACUGCCUAUCAUUGUUGCAGAGGAAAAACCUGCACAAAACAAUGAGGCUCAGGAACACUUUAAUGCCAUUGAUGAAGAUGAGGAGCUUCCAAAUGUAAACGAGGAAAUGCCCUCCUUAACAGCCGAGCUUGAACAUGUGCAAAGCACAAGGACUGAUGAAUUUGAUAUACCACUGAAUGAAAUCACUAAUAUGCCCUACCAAGAGGACCAGGACACAAUGCCCACAAUUGGGCCUGAAAAUCUGGUGUGCCAUGAAGUGGAUUUGGGUGACUUUGAUGAAAAGGAUAAGGUAGAGGACAUAGUAAUGGAUAAGGUGGAGCAAGACACACAAACUAUACACCCACCUACGCUGCCUCCUGCAAUACAGCCUCAUAAUUACUCUGUGGCAUCUCCUCUUGCACUCAGCCAUGAUGAGUCUCACAGUAUAAAAAGUGAAAGUGACAUAACAAUUGAAGUGGAUAGUGUGGCAGACGAAUCCCAGGAAGGCCUUUGUGAGAGUGAAUCUGCAAAUGGAUUUGAGGCCAGCACUACGUCAAGCAAUUGUAGUAUAACCGCACAGGAAUCCGAAAUGCGAGAAAAGGGUCAUAAAAGAAUGAAUGAGGGCCUCAGUGGAACAUUAGCAAAGAAACAAAAGCGCACACCAAAGCGAAUAAGUUCUUCAUCUAAAGUUGAAAAGAAUGGCAUAGGCCAAAGCAGUGACAGUGAAGACCUUUCCACACUGGAUAUUUCCAGUAAAUGUACUCCUAUUAAACACCCGGGUGUUCCCAAAACACAAAAGAUCAUAAGAUCUCCUGCCAGAAUCACCUCCCCUCAUCAUAAAGAUGGUGAAAAGGAGAAGCAUCGAGAAAAACACCAUCCGCAUACAUCACCCAGGGCAUACAAAUGGACUCUGCAGCUAAGUGAACUGGAUAACAUGAGUGGCACUGAGAAGAUCGUCUUCCUCCAAGAAAAGCUGCAGGAAAUGAGAAAAUACUACAUGUCCUUGAAAUCAGAAGUAGCCACAAUAGACAGACGACGAAAACGGUUAAAAAAGAAGGACAGAGAAGUGUCUAAUACAGGAGCCUCAAUGUCUUCAGGAUCAUCCGAGAUGGGAAUGAGCCCUUCUUCUGCUUCUCCCCCACAGAACACUCUUGCUUUGGAGUGCAGGUGAUACAUGUCUUCUUCUCCUUUCCAGCAGUCUGCUGCCAUGGACGCAAAUAUCCCCCAGUAUACCACCACACAAAGCACUCUUACUGGUUUUACAUUGCCAAGUGUUUGGUUUUUUUUUUUUUCUUUUUUUCAAUAAUCCUCUGCUGAUUUUGCAUAAUGAAUUCCCUUUCACCAUUUUUUUUUUCUUUUAUUCUUAUUAAAUAAGAUUAUUAGGGAUAGGAGACUAGCAGUUAGUGGGCCACAGUCUUGACUACACUGAAGAACAAGACUCCUACAGGGCCCCAUAGAAACAAACCUGGGAAGUGACUGCUAGUCAUCAUAUACCAACAACAACAACAGCAGCUGCAGCGUUGCAUUCCAUCUGGCUGCGUCUCACCUUCAUUCUCUAACGUCUUCAUUUUGGAAGCACUUGCGAUAAUACAGAACUGCCAAAGCCCAAUAUGUUCAGCAGAGUGCCCCCCCCCCAUUUUAAAGCUGUAAAGCGAGACAAAAUACAUUGUGAAAGGGAGUGCGUGUAGUUGGCUGAAAACGACAUUCAAAAGACGUCUUCCACUUUUUACAGGAAUUUAGAGCACACGAUUAUGCAACUAUUUUAAAUGUUUAUUAAUGUUUACAGUGGAAAUGUGAAUGUUUUCAGCGGACUUCUCUUACCCCCUGGCAAAUCUAUUUUGUCUUUUUUUUUUUUUUUUUCUAUGUAAUUUUCAGAGUUUUUAUUUUGUUACAAAAAAAGACAAAAAGAAAAUAUAUAACAACGGCGAAGUUAUUUAACAAGAUUUCUAAAGCUGAUUUUUUUUUUUUCCUCUUUUUUUUUUUUGUGUAAAAUAAGGUAUUAUCUUGCAACUUGUUAAAUAUAUUUAUUCAAACAUUGGAUGUUGUAUUUUAUGUAUUUUUUAAAAUAUUAAUAAAAAUUAAAAAAAAAAUAAAAAAAAUGAAGAGAAGGGUCUAGCUUAGUUCUCUACCAAUACAAACACAGUAGCUCUUAAAAAGUGUUUUUUUUCUUUGUUUUUUUUUUCUUUGGCGCUUGGCUCUACAACACUGAAAAGCUGUUCUCGUAUUCCUAAAACUUUGGCAGUCUUUGUACUUUAACACCCUGCAGGAAAUGUCUGUCCUCUUGACUCUUUCUAAGCCAGUUUCCAUGUUACUAUACUGCUGAGUGAUGCUCCCGCACGCAGCGUUGUAGUAAUGCACCUGUGUAUGUGAAGGCUACGGGCCCUUCCUACUUGUAAAUAAUCCUGAAGUCUGUAUUUAAAAGAUUUUUUCAUAUCCAUGUACAAAAGUGAUUUUUUUAAAACAAUUUUUACUCAUGUUUGUACAUUUAAAAAAAAAGGGGGGGGUUUUAUUACCCUUCUAUCUGUGUUUAAUAUACUGUAGACUAACCAAUAUGGAUUCUCUAGACCAAUGUUUUUAACCAGAUACUUGGGAUAUCCCAACACAGCCUUUGUAAUCAGGACCCCCAGCUUUAUCUUAUAUCCAUAUAUAUAUAUUAAAGCACUGCAGUUUGGUAAAACAUUCAUUGCCAUUUAUCCCAUUCCUGCCAGAAGGGUCAACAAACGGACUUCGCUUUCUGGCGAUGAUGAGGAUAAUUUUAUUCUGCCUGGGGUAUGCAGAAACCAGGGGUGAGACUUAACCCUUGCCUGUAUAUCAGAAUGAGUUUACAAGAGCUGAUCGUUAAAGAGUUAAACACUAGCAAGGGGUAGCAUUACUAAACAAAUCAAUGUAUUUUAUUUUGCCGCAUUGUUAACGUGUACGUCGGAUUCCUUUCAGCACAGAGUAUUUAACUCCUUGGCUGCCAAAGGGGGUUCAAGAAAAAGUACUCCUGUAAAAUGCACUUUUUCUGUCUUUCUUAAGCAACGCAGAGUUGUGUAUGUAUAGAGCGCUCCGCUAAGAGCAUUAAUAAAGGCAAUGGUUUAAAGUA